GAACCAGUGCUCUGUCCUAGAUCCACAGUCCAUCUGCUCUAAGCACUUAGCUGCACGUGUCACAAAGGACUUGCCUCUAGCCUCAUGCUGCUGUGGUCACUGCUUCUGGUUCUUGCUCCUGUGGGAGUCCACUCCGACUGGCUGAGCAUCAGCAUGCCACACCGUGCUUACGAAGGAGACCGGGUAGAUAUAAGGUGCACGGGAGAAAAGAAUGGUGACAUAAGGAGACUAAAGUACUUCAAGGAUGGAUCUCAUAUAGCUACUUACAGCAGUGCUUCGAGCUACACCAUUUCCAAUGCAAGAUUCAGUGACAGUGGCUCCUAUUUCUGUAAGGCAGAUAGGAAAUUUUUCCUAUUUAUAGACACGACGGAAGAAACAAGAUCUAUGUGGCUUAAUGUCCAAGAGCUGUUUCCAGCACCUGGGCUGACAGCCAGCCCCCUGCAGCCCAUAGAGGGGAGUUCAGUGACCCUGUCCUGCAACACCCGGCUUCCUUCAGACAGGGCAACGACCCAGUUACGCUAUUCCUUCUUCAAAGAUGGACACACUUUGCAGUCAGAACGGACCUCACCAAAGUUUACGAUCUCAGCAAUACGGAAAGAAGACUCAGGAAAUUAUUGGUGUGAGGCGAUGACAGCAUCUCACAGUGUCUUGAAGCGGAGUCACCGGUCCUAUAUAGAUGUGGAGAGGAUCCCUGUGUCUCAAGUCUCCAUGGAGAUCCAGUCUCCAGGAGACUGGGGAAUUGAAGGGCAGAUGCUGGUCCUUGUCUGUUCUGUGGCUAAAGGCACAGGGCUCAUCAUGUACUCCUGGCACAGAGAGGAUACAAAGGAAAGUGUGGGGAGGAAAAGCCAGCAUUCCCAGAGAGCAGAGCUGGAGAUCGCUCCUGUCAGGGAAAGCCAUGCUGGGGGUUACUACUGUACUGCUGACAACAGCUAUGGCCUUGUCCAGAGUGCAGUGGUGAACAUCACUGUGAAAGUUCCGGUGUUGGACCCUGUCCUCUCCAUCAGUGUUCCUGGGGUGCUGCCCUUUAUUGGGGAUGUGGUGGAGCUUCAGUGUGAAGACAAGAGAGCAUCUCCUCCUGUUCUGUACUGGUUUUAUCACGAAAAUAUCACUCUGGGCAACACCUCAGCACCUUCUGGAGGAAAAGCAUCCUUUAAGCUCACUCUGACUGCAGGGCAUUCUGGGAACUACGCCUGUGAGGCUGACAAUGGCUGGGGGAUGAAGCGCAGUGAGGUGGUACCACUCAAUGUCACAGAGGCCCCACCCAAAGUGCGUCUGGUGAAUGGUCCCCACCACUGUGAAGGACGUGUAGAGGUGGAACAGGAAGGUCGCUGGGGCACUGUAUGCGAUGACGGCUGGGACAUGAAGGAUGUGGCAGUGGUGUGCCGAGAGCUGGGCUGUGGAGCAGCCAAGCACACACCUAUAGCCAUGUUGUAUCCACCAGUAGUUGAUGAAGCUCUACCUGUGCUCAUUCAGGUGGCCCUGUGUAAUGGGACAGAGAAGACCCUGGCUGAAUGUGACCAGGUCGAGACCUUUGAUUGUGGACAUGAUGAAGAUGCUGGGGCUGUGUGUGAAGCAGUCUUGCCUAGAACUUCCUGAAGAUUGAAUGACCAGACACCAUCAGACCUCCUAUUUUCUGCAUGUGGGCCUCACCGGCCUAAUAGUCCAUAGUUCUCACUGGACUUCAAGACUUCAUCUGUGAAUCAUCCUUAACAGGAUGCAAAACAAUUCUGCUCUGAGCUUGAGUUCUAACAGCAGUAAAGAAGGCCCAAGUCCCCUAUUCCCUGGAAGCCAAGCUUGGAAAAACUGUUCCCUUUCCAGUUCCUUCUAGCUAUCGCUUAGGAGGGAUGAAGAGGUGGGCCCAAGUGAGAAUCAUGUGUGCCUGGGCCUUUCAUCUGCUAGAAUGUGGUCAAAUAAAGU